GCAACAGUGAGUCGCCUUUAACUUUAUGGCUGCUAGUUAGCUCAGUUUGCAGACGAGAGAGGUACUUACAACCGGCAAACCCUAAAUGUAAAACAAUGGGUUGAAAAGAAUAAUUAACAUGAAAGCAUCAUUUUGAUAGAAACGUUAACUACAACAGGGGCUUGAAUUUCUUUAAUUCCCGCCAUGUCUUCCAGAAAGCGUAAAAGAAACUCCAGGGAGUUAAAGUGUUUUUUCUUCCCUGAUGAUGUGGAGAGUGGUUUCCUAAAAACAACAAAGGAGCCGCCGUCGCUUUCAUGUGUCUCUUCUGCAAAGAGCUGGGAGAAAUGUGGAGACAGCUUCCUGGAGUCUCCUGUGAUAAAGAACCUCAAGUCAUCCGGAAGAAAACUGUCUGACAUAAGAAAGUUGGCUCAGUCCACUGCACUAAUGCAGACCAGCGCUGAUCCUAGUAAUGAGGACUCAGUGAACAUUGCAUGGAGCUCCAGUGACAGUGGGCAGUCUGAUGAUGAGACCCAGGAGCAGAAACCGUGUCUUAAGAAACAAGUGAGACCUGUUUCUCUCAAUCAGUCUUACAUCAGAGCACUGGACAGAUUUGGCACUGAGAAAGAUGAUCUUCCUGUUAUCGAUACAGACAGCGAUCAGGGGGAGUCUGCGGAAGAAGUAGAGAAGGACAGUGGGCAACAAAUCUCUGACUGUGAGUCAGAGCCCUUUGUUGACAAAGCUGAAGAAUUAUCUCAGGAUCAACAUGAAAAUAUGCAAGAGCUGGGGAUCUCAGGCUACAUGUCUGACAGCGAGACUGUCAGUGGCGUAGCAACAUCCAGCAGACUGGACUGCGAGAGCUUUCUCCUCCAAACUGGUGAGAGCAGCAGCAGAUCGGUCAGUAACUGGGUCAGAUCUGCUCAGGCAAUGCUGCAAACACCUCAGAAGCAACACGACAGGCAGUCCAAGACUCCUGAAGACUCUGCGAAGAAGAAAAGGAAACUUCAAAGUGGGGGCCUUGCUGAGAGGCUGAAUCGACUACAGAGUAGACAGAGGUCAGCUGUAAGUUUCUGGAGGCACCAAUCCAUCCCUGACACCUCAACAGCAACAGUGGACAGGCCUGGCAAACUGGUGCUGGAGGUGCUGGAGGUUCAGGAGGAGUGCAACAUGCAACUGGCCCUCUGCGAGCACCAGCAGCCCCCCAGAGAGGCCCACCAGCACUGUGACCCCAUCCCUGAGGAGAGGGCUCAUGUGCUGGUGCUGUUUAACAGAGAGACAGCAGCCCAGCUGAUUCCUGCACCCAGAGAUGUCAUCCACAUUUACCCGCCAUGGCAGAGUCUUUCUAUAGAGGGCUUCAGCUGCGAUAUUAUUUUAAACACAUACUUCAGCCAGAAAGUCUUCUCUGCAUCCAAACCAGAAAUCAUAUCCGCUCCUGGAGGUCCUCUCUCAGCAGGAAGGUGCAGUCCAUAUCCUUUAUGUCAGACUUUUGGACUGCUGGAGGUGGGUGGGACCUCAGAGGAGAACAUUGCCAAAAAGGUUUCUACCUCCAAUGCUCUGUGUGCCUUCGGAGGUUCAGGAGUUUUGAUGAGACACUGUGUGUCUCUCCUGGAAGCUAUCGAGGGUCUUGGUCAGGCUGGCUCUGUGGGGCAGAAUGUAGAGGUGGUGGUCCAGAGAGUUUACUCCACCCCUGUGCCAGACUCCUCCACUGUGUCUGUCCUCAAGCCCAGAGUUCCCUUCAGGUCGUCCUCUGCUGCUCUCCCAGCAGAAAAAGGCAAAACAAGGCUCUGUAUGCUCGUCCAGGACAGCUACGGGAUGUUCAGUGAGGUCCAGCUCCACCUCCUGCCCUGCAGAGACGACCUCCAGCGGUUCAUCCACAUGUGGCAGGGGAGGACCUGCAUGCUCAGAGGCAUCAAAGUGGUGCAGCGGGUCACUCGAGAAAGGCGUUCCAGGCUUUUUAGUUUGAUAGACAGUCUGUGGCCCCCACUGAUUCCUCUGAAAUAUCAUGGAAACACACCCAGUACCUCCACUGAAUGUAAACCUGCAGGUCUGGCUCCCAGUUUCUGCUAUCUGCUGUCUGGUCAGGAGAGUUCAGUCCAGCUGUCUGAGGAGAAAACCAUGUCCUCGCUUUUCCUCCCUAACACAUACCUAAGUCUAAAAGACAUUCUGCAGAGUGAGAUUAAAACCUGUCGCUGCAGUUUUUUUGCAACAGUCAUUUAUAAGAGGAUAAAGCAGAGCAGCGAAGUAGGCCAGGGUGAGAUUUGGUUGGUGCUGACAGACCCCAGUCUUCAGGAGGAGUGGCCCGAGGGGCCAUGUAGGCGAACAGUGCCCCUAUGUGUGAGCACAUCCUGUGUGAUCACUUCCUCUGUCCUCGAAGCUUUAACCUCCCCCACCACCUGUCGCAUGUCAUUCAGAGAUGCCAUCAGAGAACAUGAUGUUCUCGUGUGCGUGGAGCAGUCAGUCAUUGACAUCUGCUCUGAGGAUCUUCAGGACAAUCUUGAGUCAUCCUCCGUCAGGCCAGAGUCACUUUCACAGUCUCUAUCUGAGCCUCCGGCAAAGACCCUGCCCCAACCUGUGAGACUGGAUCCUCUGAGUCCUGAGAUCACACCCAACUCCCUCUGCUCUCUCACAGGGGUUAUAGUUGGAGUGGAUGAGAGCACAGCUUACUCCUGGCCUGCGUGCAGCCAUUGCGGGAGUGAUAACUUAGAGAAGUACUCAGAAUCACAUCAGAACUUCUACUGUGUUUCUUGUAAGUCAGCUGUUGACAAGCCCGACAUGAAGAUUCAACUGGAAGUGUUUCUGAGUUCUUCAUUGAGUAGCUGCACUUUGAAGGUUAAGCUGCAGCAGAAGACAAUCAUGUCCAUCUUAAACACUGCAGCACUGGAGGGUAGUGAGUUCCUAGGAUACGAUGUGGAGAAUGUCCUGGGAAAAGAGGUGGGCCCCCUUGGCGCUUAUGUCCGAGUGGUCACCAAGAAACCUGACCUCUGGAUCAGCCUGGAAGAAGUCCGCCUCUGAGGCAACCGUUAGGACAAGUAAGCUAAUGAUAUCAAUCCUAAGGCUUCAGCUGGCCUCACAGAACUGCCUUGGUCAGAGCCCAUGCAGCCUCUCCUACCCCCCCUUGAAGGCCUCCUCUGACAGCUUGAGGCUGUGCUGGAGUGAGCAGGACUGCAAGAAGACAAGGUCUUGUUUGUGUUAAUGAUAUGUGAUCCUGUGGAGCAGGAGUUGACAGCCCAAGGGUAGACCUGUGGCAUGCAGUCUGUCAGAGAAGCCCACGUGCUUCACUGAUGGGCUUUUAAGACUUUUGACUUCAAACACAUUGUCUAAGUGGUAUGAAAUACUUUUUCUUCCAACUAUGGACCUAUGUUUGUAAAAUAUUGCUGACAUUGUCAAUAAAAGUUGCAAUUUUUGCUGA